AUGCUAUUCCGCCCGCUGUUUUUCAUAUUUCUCAUCGUCAACUCCGAUGCUCAACGGUUUGGUUCGGCCAGAUAUAUGCUCCAACACCACCUCGACGUCUUCCAACAAUUUGUUGACGCCGGAAACAAGAAGUGGCUGAGAGUGAUGAUGCCAGUGAAGCAUAAUUCCGAUCAAGAACUAGAUGACUUCAUCAAGGCUCACAAGUCGAUGAAGUUGACGGCAAAAAGUGCAAAGUACAGCGGCACUGGUAAUAGCCAGUCUGGCAUCUCCGGAGUGGUGGAGUACGCGAGAGGAGGCGCCACUAUUCUGCUUGAAAUGGUUAUUGAGAAGAAUCGCUCCAGUCUAUCUUCUUACAUGUUCACAAGUGUCAGGCCAGUAUCAGUCCCAUCCCAACGUAAUUUCCAUGUUUGUCUUGUGGGAUUCCUCUGGUGCUACCUCUGGCUUGUUGAUGUUAUGCCACCAUCUGUUGAGGAUGUCUUUGGAAAAUAAUUUUUGUUACACAUAUUUUCGACAAAGAUACAUGAAUCAGUUUUACUUU